GUUCAAAAUGGCUUCUAGACUCCAGGCUGAGAUCUGGACCGAAGAGAUCAUUUGCCCGGUUUGUCUGGAUUUCUUCACUGAUCCUGUUAGCCUGGGCUGUGGCCACAACUUCUGUCGCUCCUGUGUCACCCGGAGUUGUGAAAAGCAGGCGAUCAACUGCUGUUCUGUUUGUCAGGAGACAUUUCCAGAAAAGAACCUCAGAGCCAGUUGGGCCUUGGUGAGUCUAGCAGAGAAAGCGCGAAAAUUGAGCCUGAACCCGACCCAGACGGAAAAUAAACUACACUGUGACAAACACCGGGAGGAACUAAAGCUGUUCUGUGAAUCUGACAAGAAAUUGCUGUGUGUAGUUUGCAGUCAUGGGCAGGAACACAGAGGCCACAGCUUCCUACCCAUUGAAGAAGCUGUUGAAAUCUAUAAGGAUAAACUGAUAUCCUCCUUAGCUUCUCUCACACAGAGGAAGGAAACUGGUUUACAAGCAGAAGCCAAACAGAAAGAAAAGAUUUCACAACUGAAGGAACAGGUGAACAGUCUGCAGACCCACGUCACGGGUGAGUUUGCUAAAUUGCACCAGAGUCUGACUGACAGAGAGCAGCGAGUGAUGCGAGAUCUCAGACAACGAGAGGAGGAGAUUUUAAAGCGAAUGGAGGCAAAUCUGAGAGAUUCAGUGCAAAUUAAAUUCUCUCUGGAUCCUGACACAGCUCAUCCCGCGCUCAUCCUGUCUGAGGACCUGACCAGCGUGAGACACGGAGACACACGGCAGCGGCUCCCUGACUCCCCGAAGAGGUUUGAUUACUGUGUCUGUGUCCUGGGGUCUGAGGGCUUCACAUCGGGGAGACAUUACUGGGAGGUGCAGGUGGCCAACAAGAGAACGUGGGAUGUGGGAUUGGCCCGAGAGUCCGUCAACAGGAAAGGAUUGAUCACAGCGUCACCAGAGGAUGGAUUCUGGGCUGUGUAUCUGAGAAACGGGGAUGAAUAUGAAGCUCUGACCUCACCUCCCACCCGCCUGACCCUGAGGGACAGACCCGGGAAGGUGGGAGUGUUCCUGGACUAUGAGGGGGGAGAGGUGACAUUUUACAACGCCGAUACCAUGUCGCAUCUCCACACUUUCACCCAGAAUUUCACUGAGAAACUUUAUCCAUUCUUCAGUCCCGGUUUGAACGACGGCGGCAAAAACUCUGAGCCUCUGAGGAUCUGCCGAGUGACAGAUUAAUGAGCAGGAAACCCUCAGCCAUGACCUGUGUUUGGCGGUGAUGGCCACGAGGCUGAACCUUUUAUAAUCUGUGUCCUUAUACAAUAAAGCUUAUAGUUUAUAUUACACCUUUCACAUUGGGACCGCGGCUCAAUCCUUUCUCGGAAUCGACUGUGAAGCGCCUGUUGUGUUUGUGAGCGAAUAAAGAGCUAAUUUGCACAGAGAAAA